AUGGUAAAGCCGUCCGAAGUGCCGGCGACGAUGCCGGAGAUGGACAUGCUCAACGCUCAGCAAGAGGCGGCCAUCGAGGAGUUUCUAGCGAAGGUGGAUGAGCGGUACCGUGGAGAGGUGCCAUACUGCAUCGCACGUGAAAAUACCGAUGAGCGCCGGCGUAUGUUUGGCUACAAGACGCUAAAGGCGCGAAAGUGGAAAGUCGCGCAUGCGCUGGAGAUGGUGGAGAAGACGGUGGCGUUUCGUGCGCAGCACGGCAUCGACAAAUGGAAGCUGUUCCCCUGCGCCUUUCCUCUCCGCGGAUUCGAGGAGGAGAAACUGUGUAGCAUGCUCACGGAGCUGCCAGGCGGUGCCCACCUCUUUCCUCGGGAAGGCGUCACGGAGGUGGACCGCUGCUACCGUGCACUGCAGAGUUCUUACGUGAACGUGUACCAUUACUGGGACAAGGGGGGCCACCCGGUGCUCUACGACUGCUGCGGUCAAGCAGAUGUGACAGAGAUUCUUCGUGAGGUCGCCCGCAUCACCCCUCUCGGCAAGUCGCUCGUCGAUGUGAUUGUCCCGUAUCACCUGUACAUGAACGAGGUGCAGUACUACUUGGUUCGGUAUGGGGACAAGUUGUUAAAGGAGACCGGCGGCCAGGCUCUCAUGGGGAUCACCGUCAUCAUCGACAUGGAGGGGAUCAGCUUCAAGGUUGUGCAGAAGCGCUUCAUUCAAAUUAUCCGCGCCAUCUUCGACAUUGAUCAAGCCUACUAUCCAGAGAUGCUUCACCGCCUCUUCAUACUCAACGCCCCCUCGUUUUUCCGAAUGGUCUACGGCUUGGUGAAAGGCAGCCUAGAUGAAAACACGCGGUCCAAGGUGGUCCUCAGCACAGACAAGAAGGAAGGGGAAGAAAUCCUCAAGCGCGUCAUUGAGGAAGACAAAAUUCCGCGAGCGCUGGGGGGCACCUGCAGCUGUGACGGCGGCUGCCUUCCACGCUACGCAAAGCCGAAUGGUGGCAGCCACUGCGGCACAAAUGAGGUGGACACCCACAUCUCUCCCGACGAUGGUCCUACAGAGACAGUGGGCAUCAGCAAGGGCAAGCAAUUCGUACGCAUCUGUGAGCUGGACUCUGGUGACCACUUCACGUGGGAGUUCGUUGUUGAUGGCAUGCACGAGGUGCUUUUCUCUGUCGCGUUCUCACCGUCCGUUGAGGUGCAGAGCGGCGGCCGUAGCAGCGCGUGCUGGAACGGUGUUGUUGCACCUAGCGCGACGACGACUGCCACGAGCGUCUCAGUCCCUAACCCUGCAAGCCGUUGCACGUCCAAGGAGAGUAGAGACAACCGCACGGUGUUGAUCAUCAAGGAUGGAAAGGUACCGUUGGACGCCGACUCUUUUGUCGCCACUGAGCAGGGAACGCUGACGCUGACGUGGAGCAAUAAGGCGGCGUGGUUGCACGCUCGUCAGGUGCAUUUUCGGGUGUGGCACCAUAAAUGCACCCUGUAA